GACCGGUCGACUGCGCUCCAAUCACAGCGCUGCUCGCAAGACACUCCUACGUCACAUCACGACAUCCGGCUUUCGCGGCCCCCAUUUGAACGAUGGCGGCCCUAGCCUUCAAGGCCAUCAGCUACGGCGCAGAGCAGAUUCCCGAUAGCUUCUUCCACAAGUUACCCGGCGGCUACUUCGCACCCCCAGAUUCCAAAGAGGGCAAGAAGAGAGGCAAGCACUUGAACCACAACGAACGAGACGCGAGACAACGGCACCGGAGCGAAGACCGAUUCAGUAAGCGCAACUCCCGGCAAGAGCGCAGCCCGCCGACAGAGUACUCUGACUACACCGACGACACCGACUACGAGCGCGAACGCGAGCGCCGAAAGAGGGAGCGACGACGCGCAAAGAGUACGGGAACCACUGCUAGUAGGAGUCUGAGUCGCGGACGACACGGGAGACACAGCAGCGACCUGGACGGACAGCAUAGCGAUUCAAGAGAUAUGGCCUCACCUCAGCAGGGACAACCUUACUUCCCUCCUCCGCCCACUUCCGAAUACAAGCCCUAUAAUCCGCAGGAAUAUGCACCGAGCCCCGUGCAAGAUCGCCGCCCUUCUGUCACUCCAGCCUACGGAUACUCUCCUCAGGUAAAUAAUUUUUCCUCUUUUCGACGCGCAACGCUUGCGACCAUGCCUGAGCAUCCAACACCGGCGAACUCUUGUCCGCCCAUGUUGCGAAGCCGGACGACGUCGACGUGCGCCAGCCCCUUUCCCUUUCAACCUCAUUUACUUCGCACGCUUUCUCGUGGUUCUCCCGUUUCUGCUGCUUUCACUCCGUCAUACGAGCCGCCUCUCGCGGCCUUGCUCCAGCGCCCACUCACUAACACUCCGAAGCCACCACCUACAGAGCCACGCAAUGUCUCGUUGGACUAUGGCCAGUACGAUGCGCCUCGAAGCUCUAGGUACGCUCCCGGCCCCGGCUACGCUCCCUCGCCCGCCGUGGAUGCGCCUAUCCCUCCUCCGCCAGUGGGAUCAAAUUCCCCUAUGAACCCUUACCACCACACUGAGUUCCCUGCGAGCGCUGCUGGCUAUCAGCCAUCUCCCCCGCCCUUCAACCGUCAGCGCUCCAACUCUCAGCCUACUUUCGCGCCAGUGCCCAGCGCGGUCUACCCGACCUACAUACCCCCAUCUGCUGAACAGUCGAUGGCCGCAUACACCGACACUCGCUCCUCCCGCCGUGAAAGUACCAAGCCUCGUCGCGAACAUCGCCAUAGGGCUAGGUCCGUCGACUCUCACUCCCACCAGUCCCGCUCUAGCAAAGAUUCCCGUCGCGAUGAUUCACGCAUGACUAAGAUGCGUGAUAGAUUUGACGGCAUGGAUCUGCGCGAAAAGAGUUUGGCGGCUUCGGUGGGAGGUGCGUUGGCGGGGGGCCUCGCGGGCAGGUCCUUGGGUAAAAGUAGGCUGACCACACUGGCAGGAGCAGCUGCGGGUGCGUUGGGUGCCAGACAGAUGGCGACACGCUCGAGCGGAAGCGAUCGCCAUUCUAAAUCCCGUUCGCGCUCCCGAUCACGAACGCGUGCGCAUGACCGCGAACGCAGCAAAGGCCCCAGCCUCCGUGCUAGAAGCCGCAGCGUGAUAGACCGCCUCCGUUCCAAGUCGCGCGGACACGACGAUCGCGACGCGCGAAAGGAUGACAGGCGUGACCGCGAUCGCCGUCCAGAUCAUGGAUACGACUAUGGUCGCGAUGAUUACGACUACUUCAGCAGCGAUUCUGAGGGUGAUGGCAGCCCUGUGAAAACGAGACGCCAUCGCAGGAGGGACUAUUAGAGUCUAGACGAGGACUGUGGGUAAGCGUAGACAUCCCUACGAGUGUAUUGUUAUAUUUCCUCUGCUUUUCGAGCUUCUUGCGUUCCAUCUGUGUUCAGUUUUGACUGCGAUUUUGGAUCAUGUAUGGGUACGAGACGACGCUUACGAUUUACGACAAUGAUGAAGGAUAC